ACCUGAGGACUCUUUGAUAUCUCUCUCUCUCUCUCUUCUCUUCUUCCUUCUUCCUCUUCCUCUUCCUCUUCACAUCACUGUGUGCGUCUCUCUCUCUCUCUCCUCUCUCCUUCUCUCUCUCUCUCUAUUCUAUCUUUUCAAAUAUCUUCCCCUAUCCUAAUUUUUGAACUCGCCUCUUCUUCCCAAAAAGAGUUUAUCAUACCAAAUCUCCCGUCUCUGCGAUUUCGGAGUCUGUAGAAUUUUGAAAAUUCUUUGUUCGAAAUCAAUCAAAUGGUGGAUCGAUUUAGUGGGAUUGCUUUGCCUCAUUAGCAAUGACUUCUGCUUCUUCCAUGUCCGUGUCUGUGGAAUGUGUGAACAUAUGUAAUCUAACCAAAGGAGAAGGGAAUGCAAGAAGCGAUUGCAAUGCUCUCUCCUGUGCUUGGAAAGCUCCAAGGGCGUUAACUGGGUUUCUAGCUAGCACUGCUCAUCCACCUGUUUCUUCUUUGUAUUCAUGCGGCAGAAAUGGAAGAACGACCAGAAUGAAAUCAUCUUGCGCCUGGCAGAGGUAUGAAUAUGAAGUAGGCUUUUCUGAGGCUCCAUACUUUGUAAAUGUGAGAAAUAUCUUGAAGUCCAGAUUAUCUUGUGGAAGUCAUAAAAGAUGGGAACUUUAUUGCGUAUCAGCUGAAUCUUCUGGUGCAUCCGAUGAUGUUACCGUUGAAACAUUGUGGGAGGACCUUUUCCCAUCAAUAUCUUACUUACCCUGUAAAGAAUUAGAAUUUGUUCGAAAGGGCCUUAAGUUAGCGUUUGAGGCACAUCAUGGUCAAAAGAGACGUAGUGGGGAACCAUUCAUUAUACAUCCAGUCGCAGUUGCUUGUAUCCUUGGGGAACUUGAACUGGAUUGGGAGUCUAUUGUUGCUGGAUUACUCCAUGAUACAGUUGAAGAUACAAAUUUCAUUACUUUUGAAAAGAUAGAAGAAGAGUUUGGUGCAACUGUGCGUCACAUUGUAGAAGGGGAGACCAAGGUGUCAAAACUGGGAAAGUUAAAGUGUAAAACAGAUAGUGAAUCAAUACAAGAUGUAAAAGCUGAUGAUUUGCGGCAGAUGUUUUUGGCAAUGACGGACGAGGUCCGCGUCAUUAUCGUCAAGCUAGCUGACCGGUUGCAUAAUAUGCGAACUCUCUGCCACAUGCCUCCGCAUAAGCAGUCCAGCAUUGCAGGGGAGACUUUGCAGGUCUUUGCACCUCUAGCGAAAUUGCUUGGAAUGUAUUCCAUAAAGUCUGAAUUGGAAAAUCUAUCUUUCAUGUACGUUAGUGCUGAGGAUUAUGAUAGAGUCACAAGCAGGAUCGCUAACCUCUAUAAAGAGCAUGAAAAAGAACUCACUGAGGCAAACAGAAUUUUGGUGAAAAAGAUUGAAGAUGAUCAGUUUCUGGACCUUGUGACUGUGAAUACUGAUGUUCGAUCUGUUUGCAAGGAAACUUACAGCAUAUAUAAAGCUGCGCUUAAAUCGAAAGGAUCAAUCAAUGAUUAUAACCAGAUUGCUCAGUUACGGAUUGUUGUAAAGCCAAAACCUUCUGUGGGGGUCGGGCCUUUGUGCAGUCCACAACAGAUAUGCUAUCACGUUCUUGGGCUAGUCCAUGAGAUCUGGAAACCUAUUCCCCGAACUGUAAAAGAUUACAUUGCAACCCCANGAAGGUCAAUGAGAAUAUUAGGUUCAGGCCGAUUUAAUUGGGUAAGUCUACAUUUUUCUCUGCAGAUCAGAACUGAGGAGAUGGACUUGAUUGCUGAAAGGGGCAUUGCUGUUUACUAUAAUGGCAAGGCUCUUUCUGCUGGAUUAGUUGGAAAUGCGAUUCCUUUAGGUAGAAAUUCAAGGGGGAAGACGGGUUGCCUCAACAAUGCAGAUUUUGCACUCAGGGUUGGGUGGCUCAAUGCAAUAAGGGAAUGGCAAGAGGAGUUUGUGGGUAACAUGAGCUCUAGAGAAUUUGUGGAUACCAUUACGAGGGAUCUUUUAGGUAGUCGUGUGUUUGUAUUCACACCUAAAGGAGAGAUAAAGAACCUCCCGAAAGGGGCCACCGUUGUUGACUACGCUUAUCUGAUUCACACGGAAAUUGGAAACAAGAUGGUAGCAGCGAAGGUCAAUGGUAAUCUUGUUUCUCCAACGCACGUUCUUGAGAAUGCUGAGGUCGUGGAGAUUGUCACCUACAACGCCCUCUCAAGUAAAUCUGCUUUCCAGAGACAUAAACAGUGGUUGCAACAUGCCAAAACAAGGAGUGCUAGACACAAGAUUAUGAGGUUCCUAAGGGAACAAGCUGCACAAUGUGCUGCCGAAAUUACGCAAGAUCAAGUCAAUGACUUUGUGGCAGACUCUGAUAGUGAUGUGGAAGAUCUCACAGAAGAUUCAAGCAAGAGCCUACAAUGGUGGGAGAAAAUCCUCGUCAAUGUUAAGCAAUUCCAGUCACAAGACAAAAGCAAAGAUACAUCACAAGAAAAAGGUAGAGAUACAACACCCACGUCUCAAAAUGGAAGCGUUUGGGUCCCAAAGGUGAAUGGAAAACACAACAAAGCAAUAAAAAAGUCGAGUUUGGAUGAGCCAGAGUUCCUCCUACCAGGAGAUGGAAUUGCCAAGAUUUUUCCUGCUAACAUCCCUGCUUAUAAAGAAGUGUUGCCUGGCUUAGACAGUUGGCGAGACAGUAAAAUUGCCUCAUGGCAUCAUCUCGAAGGUCACUCCAUCGAAUGGUUAUGUGUAGUGUCCAUGGAUCGCAAAGGCAUAAUCGCAGAGGUUACAACAGUCCUUGCAGCUGAAGGCAUCGCAGUAUGUUCUUGUGUGGCCGAGAUUGACAGAGGAAGAGGAUUAGCGGUAAUGUUGCUUCAAAUAGAAGCAAACGUUGAAAGUUUGGUUAGUGUUUGCGCUAAGGUGGAUCUAAUCUUGGGUGUGUUGGGAUGGUCGAGUGGUUGUAGCUGGCCAAAAUCAACAGAUAAUGCUCAAGUUCUUGAGUGUUAAAGCCAAAGGACUCACACGUUCUUGGCCGUGAAGUUUUGUCAUGUUCACUGGAAAAAUAAGCAAACUGAAGAAGAGAGAGUCUGGUUGCUCCAAGUAGAGGUAGAGAGCCCUUAUAAUAUUCUUGAAAAUAUAUAUCAUUUUGUUUCGAAAAAAAAAACAAGAAAAAAGAGAGUCAAAUUCUUUUAGAUGUGUUAUGUUCAAUAAAUCAAGGUCAUUGUAUAUAAAGACCAAAAGAGUGAGAUGAACAUACGAUGUAAUAUGUAGAUACUCCUGUAAAACCUAUACUUGCACAUAGAAGAAGAUAAAAAAACGGAUGCAUUUCCCAUAA